AUGUCGAUCGAUGAGAAUACCCUCCAGCACCCCACACUACAGCGGACCUUACGCGGUACAUCAACAACAUCAACAACUCAGUUUCGCAAUCUCAAAUACGCAUCGAUACCGGCACGAUACAAGGAUUCGGUUCCAGACGACAGGCUUGAAGUUGGCGAGGACGGAGUUUUUGACGCUACGCAAUUCGGUCCUUCAUGUCCACAGUUACGUGGAGCUCAGGCAUGGGACCUGACUUUAGUCGGAGAUGCCGUCUUGCCUUGCAGCCCUGGUCAGGGCGAUACAGAGAGAAUGGAUGAGUUCGACUGCCUGAACGUAAUCGUCACGGUGCCCAAGGAUAUCCCGAGCGAUGCAAAGAGUGGAGGACGAGGUCUUCCAGUGUUCGUAUGGGUACAUGGUGGUGGUCUCAGCAUCGGAGCAAACAGUUGGCCACAGUAUGAUCUACUUCGAUUUGUCCAGCGAGGUGUAGAAACCGGUAAACCCUUCAUUGGUGUUUCAAUGGCAUACCGAGUAAACGUAUUUGGUUUCCUGGCCAGCGAUGAGAUUGGUGCGGCCGGUAACAUGGGCUAUAAAGAUCAGGUGCUAGCUUUCCGAUGGGUCAAGAAGCAUAUUGCGGGUUUUGGAGGCAAUCCGAACAACAUCACUACUGCAGGCGAGUCGGCAGGAGCGAUUUCGCUAUCAACGCUCCUCUGCGCGAACGUCGGGGACGAGGGACUCUUUGAGCGUGUUGUCAUUAUGAGUGGUGAGGCAUCUUUACGCAAGUGGAGGAAUAAAUGGUGGCAUCAGAAGAUGUGCGAAGAUCAGUCUACCUUUCUGAAGAUCGACAGCAACGAUGUCGAGAGCAGGAGAAGGAUCUUAUUGGACACCGAUGCGGAAGAGUUAGCUCAGAGAUUACCUUUAGCACAGCAUUUCGCCGCAACAGUCGAUGGCCAAUUCUUCACACAAGAAGUCACGAUCGAGUCGAUAAUGGAUGGGUCAAGCGCCAUACACAAGCCAUCAUGGUGCAGGGAGUUUGUGAUAGGCGACACGGAGCACGAUGCCCUCAUUCUGAAAGGCCGACUCCUCGACCAGCCCAACAGUUUCGGGCGUCUUCUUAAAGCGUGCGAAACGCACCUUUCUCCACUCGAGACCCUCGGGCUCCUACAGGUCUAUCGUCUCGAUGGCAACGUAUCAAAGGAAGUUCAGGGAGAGCGCUUGCUAGUACUCGCAUCUGAACUCCGCUUCUAUUUACCAGCGCUAGCAGCGUAUCGGGGGUGGAAAGCUCUCUCACCAUCAAGACCAGCCUCACGAUACCACUUCCACGUCCCCAAUCCAAUAGAUGGGCCUUUCAAGGGCCUCGCAGCCCACGAGCUCGAUGUUGCGUAUCUCUUGCAGAAUUUCGACCCUUACUUCAGUGAUGGCGACAGGAGGAUAGCACGAGCUAUACAAGAUCAGUUCAUCCGAUAUAUCCACGGCGAAGGGUGGGUUGAGGAUGGCAAGAUGUUGGUGUUUCACAAAGACGGUACGACGGUGGUCGACGAUGAGAGGUAUGAUGAAAUGUAUCGAAAGAGAAGAGGAAGUCUACUGGAGAAGAUUGGAAUGGAAAAGUUGUGGCGUGUUGCCGAGAUGUGGCAGGGUGUGCGACAGGAAGAAGAAGAAUACGCAACUUUCUCGGGCGACUCGAAGCUAUGA